AUGUUUCAGGUUUACUACCCAUUCUAUGUGCUGGUCUUCGGAAUCGCUGCUUCGAUACUGAACAUAGCCGUGACUACAUUGUACUCUGAAAUAAUCGGACCCCGGCGGCAGGGCACCUUCCAAGGAGUGUAUCAAAUGGCAGGGUCAAUAGGAAGACUUCUGUCACCAGUCAUUACGAGCGUACUGUAUUCGAAAUUUGGCCCAACGGCUCCGUGGUCGAUGGAAAUUGCGCAAGCUUGCGUCGUUAUCGUUUUGUGGAUUGGUUUCUGGCGGAAAAUGGUUCCACUACAAAGAAAGCCUCCUGCGAACGGAUCCUCCUUAAGGGAGGAGCCGAAAUACCAGUGA